AUGAGUCCGCAAGCUAGCAGCAUUGAGAAUUUGACGUACAUCAUCCCAGACACCUCCAUCGCGCUGCAUGCAUCGGACGUCCUUGAGAAAGUAGUUAUGAAGUUCCGGACCCAACGCUCAUCCAACAAUUUUCUCACAUCGUUCUGCAGUGGCCGGCUGCUGAAAGGCCUACGUGUGGCAGUUUCAUCUGAACAGGCAACCACGCUUCAUGAAGAAGCUCCACCCGUCGCCCGGACUUCCUAUGAAUCAGAGGCUGAGACUGCGAAGCCUACGCUAGGGAAGCUCGGAUGGUCUAUCGACAACUGA